GCGACCUGCAGCAAAACAUCUGCUGGAAGUCCUGUAGGGUUCCAGUGCCUGCCAAGAUCUCACUGAAGAGAUUAAGCCUUGGCUGCACCAUGAUCUCCGCCGUCCUGCUCCUCUGGACCGUGCCCUGCGUGGCAAACCACAUCCUGGGGGGCUUUGCGAAGGGAGAGCAGCAGGAAGGUCCCCAGCUGGCGUGCAGCCUGCCAGGACCCCCUGGGCCACCCGGCCCCCCCGGCGCUCCCGGGGCUCCGGGGACAGUGGGCAGGAUGGGCUUCCCGGGCAAAGAUGGCAAGGAUGGCAAGGAUGGGGAUAAAGGCGAGCACGGCGACGAAGGUCCACAAGGCAGGACAGGAAACCCUGGCAAGCCAGGACCGAAGGGGAAGGCAGGAGCUGUUGGCAAGGCAGGUCCACGAGGGCCCAAGGGCUUAAAGGGGAAUCCUGGAAAAAAUGGGGCACCGGGGAAGAAAGGGCCCAAAGGGAACAAGGGUGAGACUGGGAUGCCAGGGCCCUGCACCUGCAACACCAACAAAGCCAAAUCUGCCUUCUCCGUGGCAGUCUCAAAGAGCUACCCACGGGAAAGGCUGCCCAUCAAAUUCGACAGGAUCCUGAUGAACGAGGGAGGACACUACAAUGCUUCCAGCGGGAAAUUCAUAUGCAGCAUCCCAGGUAUUUACUACUUCACGUACGAUAUCACUUUGGCCAACAAGCAUCUGGCCAUUGGCUUGGUCCACAACGGCCAGUACCGCAUCAAGACUUUUGAUGCCAACACUGGGAACCACGACGUUGCCUCUGGAUCAACCAUCCUUUCUCUGAAGCAGGAGGAUGAGGUAUGGCUGCAGAUCUUUUACUCAGAACAAAAUGGGCUCUUUUAUGAUCCCUACUGGACAGACAGCUUAUUUACUGGCUUCCUGAUAUAUCCUGAUCAAGACUAUCUCAAUGAAAUAUAG